GGUGUGCUCUGAGCAGCUAGCCUACCCCUGUUAUGCUGGAUUUUUUCAAAGUCAGAGUAAGAAUAGGUCUCUAACAACGGUAUUGAUGUUCUAAACAAUAAUGUAAUUUGGAUCUAGGAGAAAGCCCCUAGUGCUUGUUUUCAGAAUGGAGGAAAAUAUUUCCAGUAGUGAAAUAGCUUCCUUACAUGCUGGAGAGACUCCACGGAGCAGAUCAGAAGGGACUCUGAUUGACAUGGAUGACCAAGCACCUUCAUCCAGCUACAAUGACAGUGAAAGUAAAUUGGAUUUGAAUAUUGACUGUUCUGAUGUAUUCAAACAUGUCCAUGCUGUUUCCAAGACUAACCCUUUCUGGAAUGAACUGUCAACAUCCAACCCUUUCAUACAUGACAUAGCUGCUUCAAAUAGAAAUGAAAAUAAUAAAUACCUUUCUGUACUAAAAGAAAAACCCUAUUUGUUCUCCAGAGUUUCUAGCAACAGGGACUCUUUGGCUUCCUCAGGUGAUGAGCUAGAUAUUGAUUGUCUUCUGAGAAAGACUUCAGCAAGAAGAUCUGGACGAUCCAAAAGUGUCUCUGACUUCCUGGAUAUUAUUGAUAACCAAAGACUUAAUGCUCACAAGACAGCACCUCAAAAAACUGUAGUUUCAGAUACAGCAUGGCUUCAAAAUGACCGUGAAGCCUACAGGAUGGCUUGGUUGAGUCACCGACAGCUGACCCGGUCUUGUUUAGAUUUAGAAACAAUGAGUCAUAGUCCUGGAUGGGCACAAACGCAAGCUACAGAUAUUCAUGUAGUUUGUAAACUGAAUCAUGAAGGGGGAUCAAUACAGCUACCUGACUCUGAUAUCAAUGUUCACAUCCCUAUGGGCCACGUAUUACCUGGAGAAUACCAAGAAGUUGGUUUAAAGGCCAUUCUUAACCCUCCACUAUCACUUAACAAUGAACUGUCUAGCACUGUAAGUCCUCUAAUAGAACUUACAUUAAGCAACCUCAACACAAGGGAAGCCAUUUUCCUAGAAGUGAAAGUUGCAGCUGAAGUGAAGAACGAUCCUCUCAGCCAAGUUAUGACUGAUAUUGUAUGCUUUUACAGUCUCAGUAAAGAAGGGCCUUUUAAGAAGUUACGGAACUGUUACUUUUAUCAAGAUACCAUACAAGUGAAGCUAACAGACCUAAGUCGCGUGAUGUAUACAGUGAUUGCAGUACAAGCAAAUAAAAUUCAGCCUCCAGCCACUAAUAUCUGGGACUAUGUUCAUAGAACUGUCUCAGUUGGAAUUUAUGGUCCCAAAUAUAUUCACCCAUCUUUUACAGCAGUUUUUACAGUCUUUGGUCAUAACUACAUUCCAAGAAAACUUACAAUUUGUGAUAUUAAAAAGGGGGGGAAAAAUAUGCCCCCUGUUGUGUUUCAGCUGUGGGGAAAGCACACAUUUCUGCUUGAAAAGCCACAAGAUCUAAACAUUUCUUUGAUAUCCUGUGAUCCAGAUUUUGAAGUGAAGAUGGAAAAUGAAAGCAAAAGUAUUAAGGAAGAAGAACUGAAAACUGGUGAAAUGGUGCACCAGCAAUUCCUGUUUUCCAUGCUAGGAUCUGGGGAGAUGCAUUUCUUUGUUUUCCUUGUUCGGAUUAAAGACUUAAAAAGUAGCCGAGUGAUGCAGUUCUGUGUUACGACUCCUGAUCCAGCUCCAAAAUUAAGCGGAAUUGUCAGUAGGCCAAAGCGCUUACAAAAACGCAAAGAAAUCAAGUCUGCACCUUUGCUAUUAAUACCAACAGUUAAAUAUCCGAAGUUUCAAGAUAAACGUUUAAACGUUAACACUUACGGAGUGGCUUUGAAAACUGUGUUACGUCAAAGUAAGAUUGACUAUUUGCUAGAAUAUUUUAAAGGGGACACAAUAGCACUUCUUGGUGAAGAUAAAGUAAAAGCCAUUGGGCAGACUAAAAUAAAAGAAUGGUAUGUAGGAGUUCUUAGAAGAAAGGUUGGUCUUGUACAUUGCAGAAAUGUAAAAGUGAUUUCCAAAGAACAAGCUAUGGAUAUUGCUGAUAGUGAGCUACCAACCAGGAAUCUUGUUGAACAAAUUGCACUGCCAUUUAAAAAACUGACUUACAUCUACUCAGUCGUCUUAUCUACAGUAUCCGAGAAUGUUUAUGAUUGGAGAGCUUUGGCUGACGUGCUAGGACAUUCACAUGUGUCAUGGGAUGACUUUAAUGAGGCAUAUGUUGAUAAGGAAUCAGAAAGAGUUGCACAUGUUGUGAAGAGGCUGAAGGAAGACUGCCAUGCUAACAAAAAGAAAAGACUAUUUCUUUAUGAGCUCGUUGUUGCACUUCUGAAGAUAGAUUGCCAGGGAUUAGUGGCACGUCUUACCCAGGACACUGUCAUUUUGACUUCAGCUGUGAAGCUUGGCAGAUACUGGAGGGAACUUGCAGAGAAGCUAGCCAGACUCACAAAGCAGCAAAUUGAGGCUUAUGAAGUACCUCAUCAAGAGAAAAAUGGAGAGGUAGCUCUGGAGAUGAUGUGGAAACCUGCAUAUGACUUUCUGUACACAUGGGCUGCCCAUUACGGAGAUAGUUACAGAGAUGUCUUACAAGACCUGCAAUCGGCUUUGGACAAAAUGAAAAACCCUGUAACAAAACAUUGGCGAGAGUUGACUGGAACUUUGAUUCUUGUGAACUGCAUGGAUGUUUUAAGGGCAAGUGCUUUCUCCACAAAGGAGGAAGAAGAAUAGAGCACCAAGUUAUUUUCUGGAAAAUCCCUUGGGAACUAUACUGAUGAUUUUUGUUUGUUUGUUUGUUUCAGUUAUGCUUACAAAAAAGGACAGAGCACAGUUCAUUUUACCUGUGUUCAUGCUGCAUCUAGCCCCCCAGGCCUCAGCUGCAGCUACCUGAGAUCCUGAGAGCCUGAGACAGACCUUGCCAGUGGCUGCUGAAUAGGUCUUUGAGAAACAGUGGGGAUUAAACUAGUGAGGCCAGCAGAAAUAAUUUGAGUUCUAAGAACUGAUUUCUAAAAGGAGCUACUUCUGAUUGCACUGACUUCUGGCCGGAGAUCAGUUUUAUGAAAAGAGUCAUGCAUGGACGAGUUCAGCCCAUGAGACAUAGGUUUACAUUUCCAGUGGGGCAUUCAAAUCUAAAUCCGUGAUUUUCAUUGGUGCCAGAAGCUCUUGACUGCAAGUCAAUGGGAGCAGGGUAGCCUAAAAAACCCAUAGGUUUCUUCUGUCCUCAACUGGGACAAAAUUCAUAUUCUCAUAAAACAGGAAUUCAAGCAGUUAUUUAGACCUGGAAAAAUAUAGAUGGGCUGUUCAGUCCUUUCAAAACAGUUUCUAGUGGAUUUUUUUUUUUUGAGACUCCAAGACAGAAACAGGCAAUUUAUUGAUCAAAAUGGUUGUUUAUUGAGGUGGUUGAAGAGGUUUUGUCCCUCUUUCCACACCAGCAAAUCUGCCUAGAUUCUGCACAGUGGAAAUUUAGUAAGCCUUUUUAAGUACAUUGUUCUUCUGUCUGAUCACUUGCUUAUUAUUACUCCGUUAUUACGUAGGGAAGGAUGGCUUGGUCAGUACAAAGACUGUAGACAGUUCGUAUACACUUCUGUUCAUCAUUCUUUUCUACAUUAUUGUAUGAAAAAUAUGGGAGGCAGCUAUUUUCUAAAAAAAAACAACCCCCCCCCCAAACUAACAGUGGGGUGCAUUUUAGAUUCAUUUUUUUUAAUACAGCAGUUAAUUCCCAUUAGUCAUAUGCUCUAAAAUAACCCUGCUUGUCAGUAAAUCUUGUGAUUAGAAAAUAUAAAUGCAGAGAAUGCAAGUUGAAUAACAGUCACAGUCUAACUGACUUUCUUUUAAUUUUUUAACAUAAGCUUCUAAAUAAAUUAUUAGUUAAAAGGUAACUCUAAAAGGUAAAGCCAUUUUGAGUAUCUUUAAUCAAGGUUCAUUGAGAAACAUCAGCAAACAGCUGUCAUUCUGCUCAUGACAACCAGCUGAAAAGAAAAUUGAUGUUCUGCCAUCACUUCUAGUUGACAAGACAAAGACAGAUUCUUUCUGGACUACCACAAAAUAGUAGAAUUUCAGCCCAGAACUUGUGCUUCAGUUGUUUUCUGUCGUUAGUUGAUCUCUGUUCGGGAGGAAGGUUUUGUGAUUCUAAAACAAAAUAGAACAUUUAACCCCCCCCCCCCCCCCGCCUCUUUUCCUCUACCUGCUUUCUUUUCUAAUUUAAUUAAGCUUUUCCAAAGCAUUUAUGGCUAAAGAAAGAGGCUGAGGAAAGAGCACUUGUUCCAGUAAAUGGAAAACUCACUCACCAACCAACAGAUCCUUAACCAUCAGGGCAUGACUGAAUUAGCAUGCAUGCAAGUCAUCUGGCUUCGAUAGACUUGCUCCUGAUGUGCAACAGGAAGGGGAAUUCAGCGCACAAAACAUUGUAUUUGUUGAUCAAGAAAAGAUGGAGAAAGAGUCAGAUUAUCUGAAAUCUCUGUUUCAGGUACUAGCACCUAUUUGAUAUCUUGCCCUGUGCAGUUUUGAAAAGAGCUUCAGAGAAAAUAUAAAAUGACAUUCUCUUAGUACCGUAUAUGUUCAUGUAGAGACGAGCACUUCCUCUCUGCUUGCUUGCAGGGAGAAAAUGUCUGUUCUCUUUCUCUGUUGUGCUGCUGGGUAAGGAAAAGGUGCAUGCUAUUUCCUUUUAAAGUACACUUUAAAGUAUUAAAAAUCAAAAUAUUGUUAAUAUUAUAAAUAAAAUUUAAAAUUACAAAUUCAACUAAAGUUAUUUAAAAAAUAAUAUUUACUAGGAAAAACUGCAUAUUCUCAGGGGAACAUUUUUGUUUGAACUAUAGCUGCUGCUCAUAGCAGAAUCACAACUUGAAUGAGAUUUUGCAACGGUACAACAGAUUACAGGCCCUGUCCCAGCAUUGAACUGCAAGGAAAUACUUUUUUGGCUUCCUGCAAGCAGACAUAUUUGAGCAGGUCCCAUAAAUAUCUUUCAGCUUCACCAUAUUCUCUUGCCAGAAAAUCCUCUUCAAGCGAGGCAGGCUAUUCUGUCUUUACUUAAAACCCUGUUAAGCUACCAUUUUUCCUCUGGCUGCAACAGCUGAGCAACUCAGCUUGCUUCUGCUUCUGUGGACAUGUCUUUGCUGCUAUACUAUUCUUGCACCUUUAAUACCACUACUCAAUGUUUACUGCAUGCCCUAUUGAAAAAAAAAAAGUAGUCUCUUAAUAAUAAGAACAGGAAAAUACAAAACUGAAUUACAAGUCAAAAUGAGGAAAUGUUGCCAGAAGCUACCCAUUCCUGGCUGUGUGAUUCUACCCAAUAUGAUGGACAAGCUGCCCAAAGCCACGUCUGAAGGACAGUUCAGACUGAGAAAGUGGAUUGUGAUCAGGGAUUCAUGAAGAAAAGUGUUUGGAGAGCAGAAGCUGGGUGCCCAUCAGUCUCAAGGCCAGAUCCUUUCGUUGCUGUGAAACAGCAGCAAAGAUGUCUCUGCCUUGAACAAGAGUUGAAUUUGGCCUCAUAGAUAUAGAAAAUAUUGACUUAGUGAGUCAGUGUUCUCUCUAGCAUGAAAUAUGCAGCUGGUCCUCCAAGUAUAUGUCUUUAAAAGGGAAUUUAUAUCUGUCUGUGUAGUUGUGCUGUAUGCUGGAGUCUUUGUGAACUUUGGUUGCUAAUUGCAUUCCCCAUCCUUUGCUAUAAGCUUCUGCUUAUAUGAAUGAAAUGUGCACUCGUGCAAUAUUCUGUUUACUUUAGCAGCCCACACUGGAUAUAAAAAAAUAGGUAUUAAAAACCUAUAUUUUAUUUAUUGCUCUAGUAUUCAAAACCGCAAAAUGCCAGCUGAGAGUUGAAGCAGCUGCACUCAGCAGCAACACACAGCUAGGAGCACAUGGCUUUGGUAAACACACUCUGUUCUUGACCUUUUCUCCUUUCCUCCCACCCUGUCAAGAGAGAACAGCUUUCCCAUGAGCCUGCACACAUACCUCCUUGCUUUUCUGCAAAGAGGGGUAAGAUUAACAGCUCCUGGGGAGGAGACAAGGAAAAAUACCAGCUCCUGGUCCUAGCCUUAAGUGACCCUUCAGUCUUAGGUUUCCCAGUUUUUCUUGCCAGCACAGCCUGGGGAAGAGAGCUGUCAGCCCGUUCCAUUGCCCUUUGUAUAUAUAGGUAGAAAAAAGUGUCAACCAUCCAUCGAAGAUCGGAAUGGCUAAGUUCUUUAAACAACCAAGCAAAAAACUUAGGAGCAUGCCAACUGCCUCAUCACUUCACCUGCCAGUGAAAACUGGAGGAAGUAUUCCUUCUGGUCUGGCUGCCCUCACCCCUGGCUGGGGCAGGCACAUUCCACAGUGCGCAGCAAUAAGAAAAGUCCUGCUGUCACUCACACUAGAAAUGCUGUUUCUUUUCAUUGAAAUUAGAAGCCCUUCCUGUUAUUACAGUGCAGAGGCAUCUCAGCUCCAUGCCAUUUAAUGGCACAGUGCAGUGACAUAUUUCUAAACUAAUAGCUGUCAAAACAAGAGAGAAAAGACAAAUUAUUCCCCCAUAUCAGUUCCAGCCCUGAGCUGGGUUUGGGGAAGGUUUCAGUUCCCUAGGUUUCAAUUCCUGGGUGCUGUUUUGGAAAGCAGAAGGAUGGGGAAGGAAAUGAAAGUUUCCUGUGAAAUAUAAGUAAAUGGCUAGUCGACAAGCCAGUCUAUGGAGAUGCGCAAAGCAGCAGAACAGAUGCCAGGAGCAAGCUACAGGGUCAAUGCUGCGUAGCACGUUCUUCAGGGAAUCAUCCAGGGAAUGACAUGGAGGCAUCAGCCUCCAUCUUCCUAUCAAGGCCAGAGAAGUGGAGAGAGCUGGGUAAGUGUCUCUCUUAAGUCAUUUCUGUGAAAAUGUCUGGCUUUCACAAAUUAUGCUUUAAAACCUAACCUGUGUGAAAACUAAUAACCAAGCAUCUCCUGAGAAGCAACUCUAUUUCUUGUUUCGAGGUAAUUCUGAACACCUAUUUCUGAAGUACCUCUGAAUUCAUUCUCAGUAAGCAAUCAGGCCAACAAUCAUUUAAACAAUAGACUAUGGUUUAGAAGUGCAGAUUGUAAUACCAUGUUCCCAGCUAAACUUCAUGAACCUGGUUCUUCUUCAGCUAACAGCUUGUGUCAGCCAUCAUGGACAGUUGAAGCAAAUAUGGAUACAAAGCUUUACUAUUUUGUUCUGUUUCUGUUGUAGCUAUGAAAAAUGCUCAUGAAGAUAAUGCAAUGGAGGGUAAGUGGUUUGGAUUUUUUUCUUCCCUAGGAAGAACAUGUAGCAAAUGGUACUCUGCACUUGAUUUCUUCUUCUCACUUCUAACUCAUUAACCAAUAAUAACCCCAGUAUACUUUAGUGUGAGAGAGCAAGCAGUGUAUUAAAGUCUCUGGAGGUAUUUAAAAAAAAUGUUAGUCCAGUGAAGGUGAUAUCCUUUGCUACUUAGUAGUUCUUGUGCUGUCAAUAAAUGGCUACAGACACUAUGGGAUGUAGUCCUUCAAAUAAUCUGGAGACUAUUCUUAGUAUAGAAAAUGUGAUUUUAUAUUUACUGUCAAACUAUAUGUAUUAUCUAUUUUUUUAACUUACAGUAUAUAUUUUUAAACAUAAUAAACAUGGGAAAAUGAUAUUGUCCACUGGAA